AUGUUCAGCAUCAAGGCCCUCGUCACUCUUCUCGCCCUCGGCCGCAUCUCUGUCUCUGCUGCUCCCGCGGCCGUCGACAGCGACACCGUUGUCGCUCUCGACGACACUGCCUAUGUCUGGGCUUGCCAGAACACCAACUGGGGCCAGCCGUGCCGCCUCCUCGAAGGUCUUGCAGGCCAGUGCAUUGGUAUCCCCGGCGACUGGGACAACUCCAUCAGCGCCAUCCGCAACCAGGACAAGGGUCGCUUCCAGUGCGUGUGGUAUGAGCAUUACGACUGCCAGGGCGCUAGCUACAGCAACCAGGAGGAUGCCAAGCUUAACGACGGCAACGGUUUCUGGAACGACCGCAUCAGCUCCUGGCGCUGCAACCGCAAGCAGUUCCGCACUGCCGAGGCCGAGAACACCACUGAGAUCGAGGCCUAA